AAAGUAUAAUCAUUGGUGUUUGUUAGACGGCAACUUCCGUGUAAUCUAAAUAAAAGGACGCGACAAAGGCUUUUUUAUCACAUAAGCUGUUACAUUCGCCAUAUUUGCAAAUUUUUUGAGAGAUCGGUUUUGAGGAGUAACAAACAAAAUGAAUCCUAAGAUCGUUAUUAUUCUGCUUGCUUGUCUUUGGUAUGUAGAUGGUUGUAACAAAACUUGUCACGGUGGUUCACACAACUGUAACAACAAGAGGGAAGUGGAAACAUCUGAAAACAUACAACUGGUUGGGUCCAAAUACACCGUCAAACUACCAGAAAACCCAUGCAGUUUCAGUACGUACGAUGCCGACAGUGAUGGUAAAAUAAGCGAGGGAGAACUGUUUGGUGUUCUUGGUAUUGACAUGAUACCAGCAUCUGUGUUGAAGGAUCUUGAUGUAGUGACAGAUCACGGAGUUAUAACAAAAGAGGCAUUUGACGCCAAAGUAUCUCAAGUAAUACCUCAAUGUGGACGUUCUAACUAGUUACCAUGUUGUUCAAUACACCGGAUAUACAGACGGCUCAAUUCCUAAUUAAAGUUUCUAUUGUAUGCAUCCAUGAAAAAUGACUAUGUACAAAAUAUUUCUAAUGAAUUACAUAUUACCAUGCAACAUUUUAUCAAAAUAUGAUUGAAAAUUUUUAUUUUACAAUUCAGUAUUAACACACCCACACUUUUAUUGGAAAAACAAAUACAUUUGUGGCAACAUCCAUGAGUGAGAGUUAAACACUGAAAGAUAUUGCAUCUGAUGAUCAUUUAACAUGUUGUAAUCAUAAUCAAAUAAAGCGAUGCAGAUAUAGUA